UCUUGGAUGGACCGGGUCCUCCUGUCCCAACAUUUCUGUAACAUUUGUCUUUUGAUUGUUUCAUUUUCUUCUUCAUUUUCACCAAUCAUGAAUGAUUCUUAGUACAAGACAGCCCUCCUUUUCAUAUGUCCCCAAACUGAGAAUUCUAAUUGGAUGUUUGGUGAUAAAAAUCCUCACUUUCUUGGAUCAGACAUGAAAUUUAGUACGUGGUUUCUUUUAUAUUUCUCUUGGGAUGCUUAGGAAUAUCCGUUUUGGUGUUUCAACUCAGUAAGCAGUAGCCCGAGAGGUGGAAAUCCAUUGCUAGUUUCUAUGUUGUCAUCUACAUAAGCUUGCCGUUCUAAUCUUGGUUAUUUCUUUGAUGUUUCUCUUACAAAGUUGACAAAGUGAAAACUUUUGUGUACAGAAGUUAUUGCAUUGUAGUACUUUGUUGUAUUCAUUUGUUUGUUUUUGGAAGAAUUGCUUGUUUUAUUGGUUUUCCUGUUCUUCAAGUGAUUUAUAAGAAAUUUUAGCAUUUUCCCUUUUCAGAUUUGCAGUUUCAACUUUCAAGUUCUCUUGUAGCUUUGUUCGGAAAGCUUUCAACACAAAUUGUAUUGUUGUGACAUAUUUCUCCAAUCAAAUGAAAGAGCUUUGAAUCAUUUUCCUUGUCUUUUGAUGUUGGUCCAUUUUGAAAUCCUUUGAGUUUAAAACUACACCUCCUUCCCCCCAUCAUGCUUAGAUAUUAGGAGACGAUGUCGAUUCUUUGUGGCCUUCCCUUUCUUGAGUGUAUAUACUGCCUAGCAUGUGCCCGGUGGGUGUGGAAGAGGUGUCUACACAAUGCCGGCCAUGACAGUGAGACGUGGGGCCAAGCAACGGCUGAUGAGUUUGAACCCGUCCCUAGGCUAUGCCGGUACAUUCUGGCUGUCAAAGAGAAUGAUCUUAGACAGCCUCUUCGGGCGCCUCCGCUAGGGUAUGGAGUUGAUCCCGAUUGCGUGGUUAUGAAAAAGAGUUAUACGGACAUACGCGGGAAAGUGCCCCCAUACUUAAUAUAUCUAGAUCAUGACCAUGCUGAUAUAGUUCUUGCUAUAAGAGGCCUCAAUUUGGCAAAGGAGAGUGACUAUGCCGUUUUGCUGGAUAAUAAGCUUGGGAAGAUGAAGUUUGAUGGGGGGUAUGUUCACAACGGGCUGUUGAAGGCCGCAGGGUGUAUUUUGGAUGCAGAAUGUGAAGUUUUGAAGGAACUUGCUGAGAAAUAUCCAAAUUAUACGCUGACUUUCACGGGGCAUUCUCUAGGCUCAGGUGUGGCGGCGUUGUUGACGAUGGUGGUGGUGCAGAAUCGAGACAGAUUGGGGAACGUUGACAGGAAGAGGAUCAGGUGCUUUGCCAUUGCACCUACCAGAUGUAUGUCGCUUAAUUUGGCUGUGAGAUAUGCCGAUGUCAUUAACUCUGUCGUUCUUCAGGACGACUUCUUGCCUCGAACGGCCACCCCCUUAGAAGACAUCUUCAAGUCACUAUUCUGUUUGCCUUGCCUAUUAUGCCUAAGGUGCAUGAGAGAUACAUGCAUAUCAGAGGAGAGGAUGCUCAAAGAUCCAAGGAGGCUCUAUGCGCCCGGCCGUCUUUAUCACAUUGUCGAGAGAAAGCCUUUCAGAUGUCGAAGAUUCCCUCCAGUUGUCAGGACUGCAGUUCCUGUGGACGGAAGGUUCGAGCAUAUAGUUCUCUCUUGUAACGCCACUUCCGACCACGCUCUUCUUUGGAUAGAGAGAGAAGCUCAAUGGGCUUUGGAAUUGAUGCGAGAGGAAGAUCACGCAUUGGAGAUUCCUGCAAAACAGAGGAUGGAGAGGCAGAAGACGCUAGCUAAAGAGCACAGAGAAGAGCACGAGGCCGCCCUGCACAGAGCUGUUACCUUGGCCGUUCCCCACGCUUUCUUGCCUUCUCAGUAUGGCACGUUUGAUGAAAAGGACAACAAUGCAUCCAAGAACACGGCCGGCGAUUCUUCCACAGGAUCAUCAGCAAAGAGCACGAGUAAAGAGAGCUGGUACGAACUGAUCGAUCGCCUGUUUGAAAGGGACGAGUCGGGCCACAUGGUGCUCAAGAAACCUCUCCUUGCCGAUUGAUCAUCGCGCAGUAUUCGUUUACCGAAUAAUGUAUCCGAUGUUCUUGUAUCUGUCGAUGAGUUUGUAUGUGAAUUGAAUGUAGAAGAUUACCAAAGUUUUCCAUUGUCAAGUGCAAUUUCAGAAACCAGUGACUUUGCAAUCAACUUACAUAUGUUUUCGUUCUUGUUAAUUUAUAUU